AUGGAGGGAGAGCUAGGCAACUUCAUAAAGGUAUGGAUCACUGUCUUUAUCUCUCUCUGCUAUUGCUAUAUAGUCGGAAAAUCAAUCGCAAAAGGUCCUCUAAGACUACUUUUUCUUCUCCCAAUUGUGUGUCUCUUUCUCUAUCUUCCUCUCGAACUCUCUUCCAUGCAUCUUGGAGGCUUGACUGGUUUCUUCAUAACUUGGCUUGGCAAUUUCAAGCUCUUACUUUUUGCUUUUGGCAAAGGCCCUUUAGCUUCUGACCUUUCAAAUCUCUCUCUUAUACGUUUUGUGGCCGUCGCUAGCCUUCCGAUCAAGAUCUUCAUUAAUGACCAAAACAAAGAAACCCCAUCUCCCAAAACUCCUGAAAAAGGUCAAACAUCACUUCUAAACUAUGCAAUAAAGGGCGUCUUAUUUGCAUUGUUGCUAAGAGUCUAUGACUAUAGUGAAUUCAUCCAUCCAAAAGUCAUGUUGGGUCUAUAUGGCUUGCACAUUUACUUCUCCCUCGAGUUGACCCUAGCAAUAGUGGCAGCAAUGGCUAAAUCCCUCACCGGAGACGGAGAGCUUGAGCCGCAGUUCAACGAGCCAUACCUCUGCUCUUCAUUGCAAGACUUCUGGGGUAGAAGAUGGAAUCUCAUGGUAACUAGCAUCCUAAGACAAACCGUAUACGAACCUACCCGUAACUUCUCCAAGCAUAUCAUUGGCCGCAAAUGGGCCCCGAUUCCCGCGGUUAUCGCGACCUUCUCGGUGUCUGCUCUCAUGCAUGAGAUCAUAUUCUACUAUUUGAGCCGCCUGCGGCCCACCUGGAAGAUCACAUGGUUCUUUCUCCUCCAUGGAUUCUGCUUGAAUGUUGAGAUAGUUUUGAAGAAGACUAUUGGGAAGAAGUGGAGGCUUCCGAGGCUGAUCUCGGGGGCAUUGACUAUUGUAGUCCUGAUGAUCACCUCAAUUUGGCUGCUUAUACCUCAGCUCCUUAGGUUUCAAGCUGAUGUUAGAACGCUCGAAGAGAUCGCAGCAUUCGGCGCCUUCAUAAGGAAUGUCACUCGUUUUUAA